GCCCCUGCCUCCAGGCCGCUCUUCGGUUCGGAUCCUGCGGAGGGUUUUGGCUGCGUCUUCAUGUAGGACCUACCACCUGUCCUGCGGACCGCGGUGAAUUCCGCCUGCGGGGCUUUACCUAGUGCGACAGAGACACUGCCCCUGGGAGAGGCAGAAAGGACGGGUUAACCGGAGAGCGGGGGCGCGGGUCGGGAUCCGGGUGCCAGUGCCCUCUGCCCGCCACCGGGUGGUGGGAAAAGGGGGAAGGCGAAAUUCCUCCCAAAGAUUCCGCAGUCGAGGGGGAAAUAUGCUUUGGGCAGUAAAGCUGUGCAGGUGCGCAGUCAAGAAGAGAGGCUGGGAAGGACAAGGAGGUUUCAUAGAGAUGACUUUUGAAGCGCGGAUAGGUUGGCCGAGGAAAAUGGCUUCAGUUUAAUCUGAGAUCGCUGGAAGCCGAGGUAUUCAGGUUGGGCUUCAUCAUCAGGCCUCCUCACCAGCUCCUGCCCCUUCUUUUGUGUCCUGGAAUCCGGAUCCCUCGACUGUCAGUACUUUGUGCACAGCCCAGGCCCAGAGCCAUGGCCAUCUCUUCUUCUUCCUGGGAACUGCCGCUGGUGGCUGUGUGCCAGGUGACAUCAACACCGGACAAGCAGCAGAACUUUAAAACCUGCGCAGAGCUCGUGCGGGAGGCUGCCCGGCUGGGUGCCUGCCUCGCUUUUCUGCCCGAGGCAUUCGACUUUGUUGCACGGGACCCUGCAGAGACAUUCCGCCUGUCUGAGCCAUUGGGUGGGAGCCUUGUAGGAGAAUAUACCCGGCUUGCCAGGGAAUGCGGACUCUGGCUGUCCUUGGGUGGCUUCCACGAGCGAGGCCAGGAUUGGGAGCAGACGCAGAAAAUCUACAAUUGUCACGUGCUUCUGGACAACAAGGGCUCAGUAGUGGCCACUUACAGGAAGACCCAUCUGUGUGACGUGGAGAUUCCAGGGCAGGGGCCUAUGCGCGAGAGCGACUCUACCAUUCCCGGGCCAGGUCUGGAGCAUCCUGUCAGCACGCCAGCAGGCCAGCUUGGCCUAGCCAUCUGCUACGACGUGCGGUUUCCUGAGCUCUCUCUGGCCCUGGCUCAGGCUGGAGCGGAGAUACUCACCUACCCUUCGGCCUUUGGGUCUGUCACGGGCCCAGCCCACUGGGAGGUGCUGCUGCGGGCCCGCGCCAUCGAAACCCAGUGCUACGUAGUGGCGGCGGCACAGUGUGGACGCCACCACGAGAAGAGAGCAAGUUACGGCCACAGCAUGGUGGUGGACCCCUGGGGGACAGUGGUGGCCCGCUGCUCUGAAGGACCAGGCCUCUGCCUUGCCCGGAUCGACCUCGGUUAUCUGCGACAGCUGCGCCAACACCUGCCUGUGUUCCAGCACCGCAGGCCUGACCUCUACGGCGGUCUGGGCCACCUGCUGGCCUAAGGCAGACUUCUGUGGGCGGCCACUCCCACGGGGAGCUGGCAUCGCUGCGACUUGAUGCCGGACCCAGGCGCAGCUCCCCUCACCUGGGGAGCACCGACUCUCCCGAUGGCACGCUGGCUCAGCUUCUUGGGAAGGAAGAAACUUCACCUGACCUCGGAUUUCAGUUUCAGAAAGGUGGAAUUUUUCUACAGUCACUGUUUAUUUCAUGAAAACUGAAGUUAUGCACUGGCAUUGAAAAAAAUAGAAUCAUCAGAAAGUC